AUUGCAGGAGAACUUUCCUACAAAAUAAAAUAUAAUAAAAUAAAAAGGCUUCUGGAGUUUGUACAUUUCAGACUUGAUAUUCCCUUAUGAAAAAUGUAUCAACCCCUACACAAAUGUAAAUGUAUUAUAAUCCACAUAAUAAUUCACAUUUCCUGUUGCUGCAGGAUUCUUUCCCCGCUGUAUCAAACUGGCUCAAAUUCAGAUUCUACUUUUAUACUGCUUGAUUUUCUGUCUUUAUUGAUCUCACCAGCAAUCAAUAGUUUGACAAGAGUAUGAAGAAAUUAGGGUAUUUUCCAUGUAGGCCUACACUAAUAAUUAAAAACACCCAGAGUGUAAUGAACACGAGGGGAGACAGAGAGCUAGUUUCAAGCGCAGGGCACAGCAGGUGUUUAUUGCAAAGGACCACAGGAGGCAGUAACUACAGUCGUGGUCAAAAGUUUUGAGAAUGACACAAAUAUACAUUUUCACAAAGUCUGCUGCCUCAGUUUGUAUGAUGGCAAUUUGCAUAUACUCCAUACUGUUAUGAAGAGUGAUCAGAUGAAUUGCAAAGUCCCUCUUUGCCAUGCAAAUGAACUGAAUCCCCCAAAAACAUUUCCAAUGCAUUUCAGCCCUGUCACAAAAGGACCAGCUGACAUCAUGUCAGUGAUUCUGUCGUUAACACAGGUGUGAGUGUUGACGAGGACAAGGCUGGAGAUCACUCUGUCAUGCUGAUUGAGUUCGAAUAACAGACUGGAAGCUUCAAAAGGAGGGUGGUGCUUGGAAUCAUUGUUCUUCCUCUGUCAAACAUGGUUACCAUGUUUGUAACCAUGGUUACCAUGGUUACCGGAAACACGUGCCGUCCUCAUUGCACAAAAGGGCUUCACAGGCAAGGAUUGCACCGAAAUCAACCAUUUAUCAGAUCAUCAAGAACUUCAAGGAGAGCGGUUCAAUUGUUGUGAAGAAGGCUUCAGGGCACCCAAGAAAGUCCAGCAAGUCCAGCAAGUCUCCUAAAGUUGACUCAGCUGCGGGAUCGGGGCACCACCAGUACAGAGCUUGCUCAGGAAUGGCGGCAGGCAGGUGUGAGUGCAUCUGCACGCACAGUGAGGCGAAGUUUUUUAGAGGAUGGCCUGGUGUCAAGAAGGGUAGCAAAGAAGCCACUUCUCUCCAGGAAAAACAUUAGGGACAGACUGAUAUUCUGCAAAAGGGACAGGGAUUGGACUGCUGAGGACUGGGCCAAAGUCAUUUUCUCUGAAUUCCCUUUCCAAUUGUUUGGGACAUCCGGAAAAAAGCUUGUCCGGAGAAGACAAGGUGAGCGCUACCAUCAGUCCUGUGUCAUACCAACAGUAAAGCAUCCUGAGACCAUUCAUGUGUGGGGUUGCAUCUCAGCCAAGGGAGUGGGCUCACUCACAAUUUUGCCUAAGAACACAGCCAUGAAUAAAGAAUGGUACCAACACAUCCUCCGAGAGCAACUUCUCCCAACCAUCCAGGAACAGUUUGGUGAUGAACAAUGCCUUUUCCAGCAUGAUGGAGCACCUUGCCAUAAGGCAAAAGUGAUAACUAAGUGGCUCGGGGAACAUAACAUCGAUAUUUUGGGUCCAUGGCCAGGAAACUCCCCAGACCUUAAUCCAAUUGAGAGCUUGUGGUCAAUCCUCAAGAGGCGGGUGGACAAACAAAAACACACAAAUUCUGACAAAAUCCAAGUAUUGAUUAUGCAAGAAUGGGCUGCCAUCAGUCAGGAUGUGGCCCAGAAGCUAAUUGACAGCAUGCCAGGGCGGAUUGCAGAGGUCUUGAAAAAGAAGGGUCAACACUGCAGAUAUUGACUCUUUGCAUCAUGUAAUUGUCAAUAAAAGCCUUUGACACUUAUUAAAUGCUUGUAAUUAUACUUCAGUAUUCCAUAGUAACAUCUUACAAAAAUAUCAAAAGACACUGAAGUAGCAAACUUUGUGGAAAUUAAUAUUUGUGUCAGUCUCAAAACUUUUGGCCACGACUUUAGUAAUGUAGUCCGGGAGAUCAGGCAAUAGGUAGAUAACAGGAAAUCCGAUAGGCUAAAGUACAGGCAGGGAAAAUGCAAAAAGCGUUGUUAGUGAGGCAGGCAAAAACUGUCAUUCACAGGAAACCCAGUGCUCUGAAAGACGUGUGUCACAGAACAAACAGUACCUCACAGUGAUGGGGUGCCAAGAACUGAACUAAAUAGUGUGUGCUAAUGACAUACAGGUGUGUGAACAGGUGAUCAGAAUUCAGGUGAUUGUGAUCUGGAGAGUGAGCUGCGUUCAGGGGAUCCACGUGUUUGAGGGUGUGAGUUGGAAGCAGACGUUACACAGAGUAGGUUACCUUCCGACACACAUUUACCUAUAAUAAUUCAAUUCAAUUCCAGAUGCUCAAAGCGCCGGCAGUGGGGAAACUCACUUUACCCUAUAAUUAUUCAAGAAUUUAUUUUAAAUAAUCAAAACAACAGUGGAAGGAAGGAUGGCCAUAGUCAUUGCAUCUUAGGUGUAAAGCCUUUGAAAAACCACAUCAGAAAUUUGUCUUCACAAGUAGGCUACUGAUUAUUUAUUCGGUAGGAAAAUAUAAUUCAGUAGGGCAGGUCAGGGAUAUUGUUCCUUUAUCCAAGAAUAUAGUGCACACCAGUUAGUUUCAUCAGCAAACAACACCAAGGCUCAAGUUAAGAGAACAGGUAUACAAAGUAAUGAGGGGAAAGGCCUGCUUGGUAACAUCCUUGCCCAAAUGUAUUUAUUCAAAGUUGUAUAAAAUAUUUAUAUAUAUUUUCGCAAUUAUAUAGUAUUAAAUGAAUACAUGAACUCUAACUAAUAAUAAUAUGUGCCAUUGAGCAGACGCUUUCAUACAAAGCGAUGGACAGGUAGCGCUGUGCUCUACCAACUGAGCCAUACAGGACCCCUCAAGAUUGACUAAUGUAUGCUUACUACAGAAAGUAAACUUACAGGCCAUGUCAUACGUUUUGACAAUAUUCGUAAACAUAUAUUUUUUUAACUGAAAAGUCUCAUGUCUCGUUUGGGCAAUAUAGUGAAACUAUCACCAGUUACUAAUCUAUAGUAGGAGGAGAGCUGUCACGAAUAUCACCGAAGGUGACUGUACAUUCCUUAUGUUAAGCAAAACAUUUACGGAUGGCCAGGGGAACACUCCAACACUUAGGCAUUAAUUUACAAACCAAGCAUUUGUGUUCAUUGAGUCUGUCAGAUCAGAGGCAAUAGGGAUGACCAGGGAGGUUCUCUUGAUAAGUGCAGGAAUUUGACAAUUUUCCUGUCCUACUAAUCAUACGAAAUGUAACAAGUACUUUUGGGUGUCAGGAAAAUGUAUGGAGUAAAAAGUACAUUAUUUUCUUUAGGAAUGUAGUGUUGUAAAAGUUGUCAUAAAUAUAAAUAGUAAAGUACAGAUACUCCAAAAAACGACUUAAGUAGUGUUUUAAAGUCUUUUUACUUAAGUACCUUACACCACUGUGAUUAACUGUCCCAUUCUGUACUGAUCUACCACAAGUCACAUGGUGUAAACUGGAUGAAGGCAUCUGCAAUCCUGUGACCAAAACCCUCCUUCCUGCUUUUUGCUAAAGUAUAUAUAGAUGAUGCUGGACUGUACAGGUGUUCAGUACAAGUGAAUAAAGAUAGACGCUACAUCAUUAGCAAUUCCAUCGUUGUAAUAGUAAAAUCUACUUUCUUCGUUCAAUACAAACACUGUCCGUCUAUACCUCUUACCUAGGUCUUAUAAAUGUGUAAACUACAGCGCAUGGAGAAUGGUUUUAUUUAUGUCGGGGAAAAUAAAGUAGAUGUUGUUCCAGUUUGGAACCGACAUGUUGCUCGACAUUAUUCAUCGCUUCAAUGCACGUAAAGGUGGUGGAAUUAUGAGGGAAUGAAGUCAAGGUCCGAAUAAGGUUUAUCUGUAGACACACCUCCGACACACCUCCAUUUCAUUGAUCUCCACCCCAAAAUAAAUAGCGGGUGAAUAGCAUGAUAUUCUCAUGCUUAAAUUCAAGGACAGAAUACACGUCGAGAGAAAAGUGCAUAAAAACAGCUUCUACCCCCAAGCCAUAAGACUGAACAUCUAAUCAAAUGGCUACCCAGAAUAUUUGCAUUGCCCGCCCCCCCCUUUUACACCGCUGCUACUCUCUGUUGUUAUCAUCUCUGCAUAGUCACUUUAAUAACUCUACCUACAUCUACAUGUACAUAUUACCUCAAUAACCGGUGCCCCUGCACAUUGACUCUGUACCGGUACACCCCUGUAUAUAGUCUCGCUAUUGUUAUUUUACUGCUGCUCUUCAAUUACUUGUUACAUUUAUUUCUUAUUCUAAUCCGUUUUUAUUUUAUUUUUAACUGCAUUGUUGGUUAGGGGCUCAUAAGUAAGCAUUUCACUGUAUUGUGACUAACCAACAUAACCGCAUGUGACUAAUAACAUUUGAUUUGAUAAAAAAAAUAUUCAUCUGGUGUCAAGAUGUGACUUGAGGGGUAAGAAAACAUUGAGACCAUGAAAAAAUAUUAAAGCAAAUAGAUUGUAUACUAUAACAGAAGUAUUUCCUAGAGUUGGCCAGCAGGUCUGGGAUCGAUCAGAGAUGUAUUUUCAUAGUCUCUCUUUCUUUGUCCCUGUUUGUCUUAGAUUGUAUAAAACACUGUCGUGGUCACAAGGAUUGUGCUCCAUCUCUCCUUAAAAUAUUCUAUGUUUGAUUUGGGACAAAACAAAGUUUGAGAUCGAUUUAACCUUUUUGCGUAAUACUCCUCAAAUGGAAGUGUUAUACUGUAUUUCAAUAUGUACAAUGUAUUAUUAUCUGUAGGCUUAGUAGACAACAGAAAGGCUUGACUCUGAAUCCAGAACACAUGAAAUACAUGUAUUUAUUUCAAGAGGUGUAGGGUCUUUUCAGAAUAGGCCAACAGUAAUGUUUGGAUGCACUGGCAGACCCAGUUUAUGUGGACUCCUGUUUAUCUGUAUCCAUCUCAACAAGAUCAUGAUCAAAGAACAAGGCAGAUAAGACCACAGACAUUAUAUUGGUUUAGAUGUUAGCAGCAGACAUACGCUUCAUAAAAACCACAGAGGAAGUAGUGGUAGCGGAAGUAGCCCACAGAUAAAAACAGUCAAACAGUGCCUUACGUUGCAUUAGACAAGACAAAGACGAGUAUAGUUCAAUGUGUAUUAUCAGUGAACUAAAGACCAAGGCUCAAAUGAAGACAAUGGAUACAUAUACAUCUAAUGAAGGAGGGAAAGGCUUGGUUGGGGUCCUCCUCCUGCUGUUUGCAAAACAACUUCAAGGUACUGACCAGAAUAUUUCUAAUAUUUUCUUCAAGCUACUUUUCAAUGUUUUUAAAAUAACAUUAUUCUCUGAUUAUGAACAGUGUGCUCCAAUUAUUUUAUUAAUGAUGCUGAUGAUUCAUUAUUUAAUGUAGUGACUGCCUGGUGAAGGCUAUGCUAUGUGUAAUGUCCAUCAAUGCCAAGUCAAGUUUUGAGAAUACUCUAAAACAUUUGUUGUUACGGAAUCCAAUAUUCGCUGUGGUGUUUCAUAAUAUUUUUCUCCCACAGGGCAACAUCCCAUCUGUGAUGACUAUAUUAUAGUGUCUCGGAACACUGUGGUUCAAGCUUUUGUCAUGGAGAAACUGACGAUUAACUGUACUGUAGGAUUCUGCACUGAUCUACCACAAGUCACUUGGUGUAAACUGAACAAAGAUAUCUGCAAUCCUGUGACCAAAACUCCUCACAUCCAAACCCAGUGGAACUACUUAACAAGUAACUCUGGAAUAACAUUCCUGCAUUUUACUAAUCCCUCCUUAGAUGAUGCUGGACUGUACAGGUGUUCAGUUAAUACAGAUCGAUCAAUGAUCAUUAGCCAUUCCAUCAGUGUCAUAGUAAAUGAUUGUCAAGCAGAGUUUUCUGUGUCUGAUGGCUGUUGGUGGAGGGCUCCCAUCUCUGGCUCUGUCACUGUGUCCUGUGUGGUGAGUUUCAGGUUUGAGCUCAUAGUGUCAUGGUGCAGGGAAGAUGGGGAUACCUGUUUACCCCUAAAGGGUCAGUCCAGACACACCCUCACCUGGAAUCAUACAGGUCCAGGGACAGGUGUGUCCUACCUGACCCUCCACAACAUCACCCUGUCUGACUCAGGGUACUACCGUUGUUUCGUCUCUCUUCCUGACCACUGUGAUGUAGACACCAGAUCCAGCCAACCGAUGGGCCUUCACGUGACCAGAAGUGGUGAAGUGGUGGAACACUGCAGAGAAGAUGAACAUCCUGUCUGUGACAUGCUCAGUGUCAUCGUGGACAUCACUCGUAUCAUCCUGUUUGUGGUUGCCACCUUGGUUGUCAUGACGCUGACCCUGUGUUGGGUUCUGAAAGCCAGAGGAAAAUGGAUUCAUCCAGAGGGGAAUGCAGUGGAGUGUCCCAGAGUGGAGCCUGAGCAGAACAUACCACCUGACACUGAGAGGGGUGCAGAGUAAGACCCUGAUGAGGUUUAUGAUGACUGAGUGUGAUUCUGUGUAGAUACAGUAUACUGCAUUGGGUUUAUGUUAUAGCAGACCAUUCAUUUGUUCUGUUUUGGUUGUUUUCUGUGGGUCUUGCUGGCUGGCAUGUGUGUUGCUAAUAAAUGACCAGUCAUUUUCAUGGCAUAUUAUGUAGUUGGUUAUUGAAUGGCUUGCUUAAAAUGCUCGUAAAACAGUGUAGUGUAAGAGAUGACUGUAUAGGUUAUAGAUAUGUAGGAUUAGAUGAGCUCAAUGUAUGUUUGGACUUUUAAUGUAUUUUUUACAA